CAGAUCGAGAAUUUUGUCCCUCUUGUUCCUUAUCGCACAGGAAGAUUUUCUUGGACGCGGUUUUGGACGGUGGACACGCUGGACGCGGAGCAGGACCCACGCAGGAGGCACAAAGCGGACACCGUAUUCUUCGUUUGCGGCUUUAACACGAUGGAGCCAGCCUUCGGUGAAGUCAACCAGCUCGGCGGGGUUUUCGUGAACGGCAGGCCGCUCCCCAACGCCAUCCGGCUCCGAAUCGUGGAGCUGGCCCAGCUCGGGAUUCGACCUUGUGACAUCAGCAGGCAGCUGCGCGUCUCCCACGGCUGCGUCAGCAAGAUCCUGGCCCGGUACAACGAGACCGGCUCCAUCCUCCCGGGGGCCAUCGGAGGCAGCAAGCCGAGGGUCACCACACCCACGGUGGUCAAACACAUACGGACUUACAAGCAGAGAGACCCGGGGAUUUUUGCUUGGGAGAUCCGGGACAGACUACUCGCUGACGGGGUGUGCGACAAGUUCAACCUGCCCUCCGUGAGCUCCAUCAGCCGGAUCCUGCGCAACAAGAUCGGGAAUCUGACCCAGCAGAGCCAGUACGAGUCAGGCAAGCAGGCGCCUCAUCCAGCACCCCAGCCAACGAUACCCUACAACCACUUAUACUCAUACCCGACCUCUAAAGUGCCCACUCCCCCAGGCAUGCCCACCCUUCCAGGACACAUGGCCAUGCACAGGAUAUGGCCCUCGUCGCACUCCGUCACAGAUAUUCUGGGGAUACGGUCUAUUACAGAGCAACAAAUUAGUGACAGUCCAUCCUUUCCCAGCGCCAAACUAGAAGAAUGGAGCGCUAUAAACAGGACUAAUUUCCCUCCAGCAAGCUCUGCACUAGUCAAUGGCGUGGAUAAACCGCAUUUAGAACCUGAAGCAAAAUACACACAGACGCCGAGUGGAUUGCCCACAGUGAACAGCUAUGUCACAGCACCCAGCAUCCCUCCCUACCACCCUCCCACCCAAGUGUCACCCUACAUGGGGUACAGCGCCACCACCUCGGCCUAUGUGACCGGACCCACAUGGCAGCCGGCCAGUGGCAGUGCUCUAUCUCCCCACAGCUGUGACAUCGCCGCCCCGCUGGCCUUCAAGAGCAUGACAGCCGGCCGUGACGCCAUCCACCCCGUCACUGCCUCGGCGCUGUGA